GCGAGAUUUCGGUGGACGCGAGAAGACCUGUCGCCGUUUCUCUUCCUCCUCUCGGUUUGUUUUCGAUCGUAAAUCCCGGUAGGGGAUCUUCCCGAUAUGCCAGGAUCACUGACAAUGCGCAUGGACAGCUUCAGGCGGACCUUCACAUUGCAUUACCCCCGGAUCAGAUCGACAUAACCGACUGAUGUUGCUUUAAAAAAAUAAAUAAAACUCAACCCCUCCGUCUGAGAUCUUGUAAUCUAGGCCGUGUGUCUGCUUGCGUUAUCGCACAUUCAGGUGAGCAGAGCGGCCUCUCCCAGCACUUCAGUAACGUACCAGACGUCUGUUUUCUCGCCCCCUGCUUCACAAGCUCUGGGAGUUUUUCCCCUUUUGCUGAAAUCGCAACAGUGGCGGCGGCCUCUGUAUGCAGCCCGGGCUCAAUGGCGUCGGACACCAGCGACACGGAGGAGUUUUACGAUGCGGCGGAGGAUGUCAACUUCACACCCUCACCUCAUGCGUCACCUGCAAAGUUUGAACUUCCUCAGCCAGGGGGUCCUGCAGAGAAUGUGGUACAGGAAGUCACUGCUGGAUUGGCUCAGCCAGAACCACGGCAUGACGAUUCUCUUCAGAUCAUUGACAGUAUUAUAGAGGAGAGUCAGAAGAGUGGAGUGGAAGAUCAGUUGUUGAGAGGAGAGGAGACCUGUGCAGCCUCGUCUGAAGGAGAGAAGGCAGAAGCAGAAGGCUACAGUGUUGAUGAAAACCUGGUUCCCGAGGUAGCUGAGGUGCCUCCAGAAGAUCCUGAUGUGACACCACAUGACUCUGGUCGCACUGGGCAGCUGCCUGAUGUAAGACCAAAGGAAGUGAGGUCACAGGGCAUUGAGGACAGAGCACCAGAUGUGGCUGGUCCUGCCCAAGCGGGUCAGGACCAGGCUAUGCCACCCCCUCCUGACAUUACAAGUGCUUUGGGUCAACCAUCGCAACCCGCCUCCCUGCCCUGUGCAGAAACUGCUGAUAUUCUAGAGCAAGUCCCUAUGACUGAUGCAGAUGACCCUGGCCCUUCCAAACCUCCCAGACAGUUUACCGUGGAGCCAGACAUUGUAGCUAGCACCAAGAAGCAACCUCCUUCAAGGCCACCUCCGCCCACUGGGGCUCCACCUCCUAGGCCGCCUCCCCCCUCAAGGCCCAGCUUUUCAGCUAGUAAAAAAUCCCAGGAAGUGAUACGACCAGCAGGGCUAGAAGGCAUCUCCAAAGAUAUCGCUGGUUUAACAAUCUCUGUAGAGCCAGCGGAUGAGCUGUGUGGAUUGAUCAGUCCAAAUGCCACAGUACGAUGUAUUACUAAAGAUCUCCAGCACUCCCUGGAUCUCGCUAGCGCCACUAGUGGUGAUAAAGUGGUCACUGCACAGGAAAAUGAUGAGCAGGCAUCAAGUCCCAGUGGCAGCGAGACCCCUGGACCUCAAAGACCAAGAUCUAACUCGGGCAGAGAGCUUACGGAUGAGGAGAUUCUUGCGAGUGUGAUGAUCAAGAAUCUGGACACUGGUGAGGAGAUCCCUUUGAUCCAGGCAGAAGAGAAACUACCCACUGGAAUCAACCCACUCACACUGCACAUCAUGAGGAGAACCAAGGAGUAUAUCUCAAAUGAUGCAGCACAGUCGGAUGAUGAUGAUAAGUCCCAGCCUGCCCUUUCAGACACAGAUGGAGGGAAACUGAAACAGAGAACUACACAGCUGAAGAAGUUUCUGGGCAAAUCGGUGAAGAGGGCGAAGCACUUGGCGGAGGAAUAUGGAGAGAAAGCUGUGAAUAAAGUCAAGAGCGUUCGGGAUGAAGUAUUCCACACGGACCAGGACGACCCAUCAUCCAGUGAUGACGAGGGGAUGCCGUACACCCGACCAGUCAAGUUUAAAGCAGCUCACAGCUUCAAAGGGCCUUUUGACUUUGACCAAAUCAAAGUAGUGCAGGAUCUGAGUGGGGAGCACAUGGGUGCUGUCUGGACAAUGAAAUUCUCUCAUUGUGGGCGGCUGUUGGCUACAGCAGGGCAGGAUAAUGUGGUUCGGAUUUGGGUCCUAAAAAAUGCCUAUGACUAUUUCAACAACAUGAGAAUAAAAUACAACACAGAAGGACGUGUGUCCCCGUCUCCCUCUCAGGAGAGUCUGUGUUCCUCUAAAUCAGAUACUGAAGGAGGGUUUGGUCCUGCAGUGGAAGAUGCAGACACUGAAGACAAAAAUGUGCCAUUCCGGCAGGUUCCGUUCUGCAAGUACAAGGGUCAUACUGCUGACCUGCUGGAUCUGUCCUGGUCAAAGAACUACUUCCUGCUGUCAUCAUCGAUGGAUAAGACGGUUCGUUUGUGGCACAUCUCCAGGAGAGAGUGUCUCUGCUGCUUUCAGCAUAUAGACUUCGUUACAGCCAUUGCAUUUCAUCCCAGGGAUGACAGGUAUUUUUUGAGCGGUUCUUUGGAUGGAAAGUUGCGGUUAUGGAAUAUUCCAGAUAAGAAAGUGGCACUGUGGAAUGAGGUAGACGGACAGACGCGUCUGAUAACAGCAGCUAACUUCUGCCAGAAUGGAAAAUAUGCGGUUAUCGGCACCUACGAUGGGCGCUGCAUUUUCUAUGACACAGAGCGCCUUAAGUAUCACACCCAAAUCCAUGUUCGCUCCACGAGAGGCAGGAAUCGUGUGGGCCGCAAAAUCACCGGUAUUGAGCCGCUUCCAGGAGAGAACAAGAUCUUGGUGACGUCAAAUGACUCUCGCAUUCGCCUGUAUGACCUCAGAGAUUUGUCUCUGUCUAUGAAGUACAAAGGCUAUGUGAACAGCAGCAGUCAGAUCAAAGCCAGCUUCAGUCACGACUACUCUUUCAUUGUGAGCGGCUCAGAGGACAAGUAUGUGUACAUCUGGAGCACAUACCACGACCUGAGCAAGUUCACCUCUGUGCGGAGAGACCGAAAUGACUUCUGGGAAGGGAUCAAAGCUCAUAAUGCGGUGGUGACUUCGGCCAUUUUUGCUCCGCAUCCGGAUCUCAUCGUGCCUCAAGAGGCAGGGACAGAGAAGGUAGACUCAGACUGUAAGAGUGACAGCACAGACGACUCUGAGACCAUCCCUUCAGGGGCGCUGAAAACAGACCACUCUGAAGUUUUGCUUUCUGCUGAUUUCACCGGAGCCAUUAAAGUUUUUGUCAAUGUUAAGAAAUACUGAGUGCUUGUGCUGAAAUAUGACACCCAGCAAGUAUAUAUAAUAAUUUAAAAGCUCCUCUCAGCUUUUGGACAGAGUUAAAGCAAAAUCAGUGCCACUUUACAUUUAACUGAGCCCCCAUUCAUUGACCAAUCAGCUGCUGGAGAGUGCUCUGAGAGGCGGAGAUUAUAAGCCCCGCCUUAUUCGCAGAGAACAGGGACCCAGGAAGUUGGAAGGCGGGGACAGUUGAGGAGCAGGGACAGACCUAACAGCUAAACGCAUCUUUCUUUACCUUCCUUUCUUUUUAAUUUGACUUUCUUUGGAGAGAUAUUGUUGUAUUGUUACUGUACAUACACAAAAGGGCUUUAAUUGCACAGAUCAAUGAUGCCAUUUUAAUGGAUGAGUGAAACUGCAAGCCUGUAUGGAGAUAGAAUGGAUUUGAGAGUCACAGGUGGUCAGCCCUUCAUACACACACACACACACACACAAACACACACACUGACUUUAAUUCCCCCUCCACACCUUAACCCCAAAGUUGAUGUUUCUGGAAAACAAUAUGAGCACUAACUAAACUCAUUUCAAUUUAAAAAUCUUGGUCAGUGUUAUUUUGUUGUAAAAAUAAUUGAACUUGAUUUUUUUAUGUGUAUGACUCCAGAAAUAAAUUUAAAAAAAAUUAUAUAAAGA